GCGGAGGGCCAGGCGCUCGUCUCCAGGGAGGCCACGGAGGGGUGCUGGGGUCGGUGCGCGGCUCCAUCAUCGGCCCGGGAGCUCCCGCCGCGCCGGAACCCGAGACAGGAAGCCGCGCGCCGCCGCCCGCCAUGAGCGGCCCGCUGCGGUCGGGCCCUAGCAGCUGGCGGCUGGCGGCCACCUUGGUGCUGGCGGCGGGCGGGACGCGCCCGAGCAACGCCGCUCCGUCGUCGGCCGAGGGCUUCCGGCUGCUGCUGCUGCAGCGAGCGCCGAACCAGGGCUUCAUGCCGGGCGCGCACGUCUUCCCGGGAGGCAUGUUGGACGCGGCAGACCGCUCCGCCGACUGGCUGCACCUCUUCGCCCCGCACCAGGGGCCGCCGCGCUUCGGCCUGGGGCCUGCGCCGCCCCGGCCCGCGGCCUUCCCGCUGCCGCCCGACGCCGCCAACGGCGACGCGGGGGCGCUGCCCGAUGACGUGGCCUUCCGCAUCUGCGCCAUCCGCGAGGCCUUCGAGGAGGCCGGCGUGCUGCUUCUACGACCCCGCGGCCCCCUGCCCGCGCCGGAGCCCCGCCGUGCCCUCGCGCCGCCGCCCGGCCUGGCCGAGUGGCGGGACCGCGUCCGCCGCGACCCGCACCACUUCCUGCGCCUGUGCGCGCACCUGGACUGCACGCCCGACAUCUGGGCGUUGCACGACUGGAGCGCCUGGCUGACGCCCUUCUACCGCGGCGCCACUCGCCGCUUCAACACGACCUUCUUCCUGUGCUGUCUGCACGAGCCGCCGCCCGUCCACCCAGACCUGGCCGAAGUGGUGGACUGCCGGUGGUUCUCUCCAUCGGAGGCAACUCAAUGUUUCAUAUCGAGAGAAAUUUGGCUGCCACCUCCCCAGUUCUAUGAACUGAGAAGACUUGAAAACUUUGCCUCUCUGCCUGACUUGCACAAAUUCUGUUUGGAUCAUGCAUUAGAAGGGCUGGAAAGAUGGCUGCCCAUCAUGCUGCUGACUGCUGACGGGAUGCUGCAGCUUUUACCAGGUGAUGAGCUAUACUUAGAAGAUUCAAACUUUUUAGAAAAAUUUUUGUCUACUGAGAAAAAGACUGAAGAAAUCAUGAAGGAAGGAAAGACAUUCCACCGCAUAGUGAUAAACGAUCGCCAUCUCUAUAACAUCCACGUGACUGUCCAGUCAAAGUAUAAACACGUUUAUCCUAAGAACUACAUAGCGAGUAAGAGCCGUUUGUAGGGUGCUGCGUGUUUGCAAGCUGGCCUACUUGAAGUAGUCCUAAUAAAGAACGAGAGUCAACUGAACUUCUUGAAACUCAAGAACUUUGUGCCUAUAAAGGCUGUAAUGCAGUGUUUUCGUUAAUUUCAGGUGUAUUGUGGAGCUCUCUUGUUUAUUUUAUUAAACCUUACAGUAUGCCACAAGUAUAAAGCUUAUAAAGUAUACGUGAUUUUGUUACCAAACCAAGAAAAAGUUUCAUAAGGGUCCCCACUUCUAUAUUGUCAUGUCAAAAUUUUAAAUAAGACGUUCCCCUGCCAUUGUCAUAACUGGCUCUAGAGGCUGAUCCAUGAAUGUCGUAGACAUUUUGCUGUAACUGAUUCAAGGAUGUCUGAGGAGAUAGUGAACAGUGGAAUGAGACAACCUUUCAGUGAUGUCUGGUGUUCUUGCUGUGUCUCUGGCUGGAUGCUUAGGACACAAUUCUUUUUAAAAUCAAAUGGCAUUAGUUAUGUUUCCCAGAUGAAAUCCAUUUUAGUUGAUAAUUUAAAGAAAUAAUGAAGCCAUAACAAAAGUCAUCAUUAUUUUUACUCCAGGGUGUUAAUGAAUGAAAAGAGUUUAGAGAGAGGUAAAUAUUUAAUUAGUGGUAUUCAUUUUCAGUGUGCUUAAUAUGAGUAAUUUCAAACUCCUGGGUUCAAGUGAUCCUCCUGUCUCAACCUUGUGAGUAGCUGGGACCACAGGCACCUGCCUCAAUGUCUGGCUACUUUUUUUCUAUUUUUGGUAGAGACAGGUCUCACUCUUGCUCAUGCUGGUCUCAGUUGGGGCCGUCCACCUGGCCCCACCUCCCUGAGUGCUAGGAUUACAGGUGUGAGCCACCACUACCGUCCUCAUAUUAGCAGUUGAGAUGAAAUGUUUAUUGACUAAAGGUGGGAAAUGAGAGUUAGGACACUUAAUUCUAUUUCAAGGUCUUUGACUCUGUUAUACAAUGUACAGUGGAUUUUAUUUUUCUUGGUUUUCUACCUACAAAAUAAAGGCAGUGACAA